UUAUUAUUGUUGCAUUAUUUCCUAGUUCAAACGUUACUGUCUGAACGCAUAUUUCUUUUCCGUAGGAUGGCGAAGGAAUGUCACGUUUGCUCACCCAAUCAUGUCGAACAAACUUUCUUGGAGUAAAUCUAUUAAGGGGUUCGCUAUGAUUGGACGAUUUCGUCGCCAUCCUAGGAACAAAAAUAUCUGCUAAAGGACACCGGAAAAGAAACUUUGACCUCUGAGUUCGACCAAUGAUAGAGAUGUAAGCUGCCGGUGAUCGGAACAGCAACCUCAGGAUUACUGGAUACUUCCGGUGCUCGGAAGAUUUAUUCAAUCUAUGCAUUUUAUGUCUCGCUUCACAGAUUGUUUGCUGCUAUGAAAGGGCUCUGAUCGCAGAGAAAUGAAUGCAAGGAGAAGAGGCGGGAAGCCAAACAGAGGAGGGGGGAGAUUUAACAAGCCAAAAGGUGGAGGUGGUGGGGGAGGAGGAGGAGGUGGAAGUAGGAAAGGAGGAGCCGGUCACUGGGAUGAGGAUGAUGAUUUCAGCCUUGAUUUUGGACCCCCUCGUUCCAGCAGACCUGGCAAAGGGCGAGGCGGCGGUGGCCGUGCGGGUGGAAGAGAUGGAGGUCGAGGGAGGGGAGGAGGUAGAGAUCGAGACAGGGACAGCAGGCGCGAUGGGAGAAGCAGAGGCAGUGCUCUCCCAAGAUCCCUGGCCAGGACCAGAACAUGCCCAAAGUCAGGUGACGGCAUCAGGCCGGAAGUCAGCACCAUGCCCUUGCAGAGGAUAUUCAUGACUAAUGAAACCCAAGAACAACUCAAGGAACUGCUGCGGGAUUUGCAGUCCCAAGACUUUGAUGAGCCAUAUGAUGAGUCUGGUUCAGAUUAUUCGGGGAGAGAAGAGAAUGAAGAGGAAUUUGAUGAGUUGGACCACCGUGAGGAAGGUCAAUUUUGGGCCACUAAUGACGAGCCUGUGGAAAGAGCAGAGAGCCCAGCAUAUGAACCAUAUGAGUCUGAUGAUGAACGGCCCACACCUGAGCCUGUCAUCUCCUUAUUUGCUAUAGGAAAACUCUGCAGGUAUGGGUUUGACAGGGAGCGCAGCAAGCAGGCAUUGGAAUCUGGUGGAGGGGAAUUCGGGGCCACUUUAGAACAGCUCCUCCAGCAGGUUUUCACUGAGCGCUACGGCCAGAGAGCGGUUUCUGCUGAUGGCAUCGAAGGGGUGCCUAUGGAUGAGUGUUUGAGUCAGAGGCAGGAAGAAGCUUUGGCUCUAGCUGCCAUUUACGGUGAGCGCUUCAGUGAGCGGAUUGCCAAUGCAGUCUGGACAGUAACCCUGGACCUCCCAUUCCUCUCAGACAAUGCUGCCAGGAAUGGCAGGCAGGUCGGGAGUGCAAGUGGCGGAGGUGCUUUUAACGUCCGCGAUGUCUGCCGAUUCUACCUGAAAGGGCAAGGCUGCCGGUUUGGGGAAAAAUGCAAGUUUAAACACCAGCUCCCCCCUAAAGGGAGAUCUGGGGCUGGUUCCCCAGACCUGACAGGCCCGAGCCGGCCUGGCUUCAGCAGCUAUUCUCCACCUGAAUAUGAACUGGAGAUACGUUUCCCCAAAGGAAAUCGUUACCCAUUUCAGGCACCGGUAGUUGCCUUCAGCACCACAGACGAGUCUGUCGGAGCUGCAGGGAGGCUCAGUGUGACUGAAAGAUUGUUUGGAGAAGCAUUGGCUGCAGCAAAGAGCAGCGAGCCUGUUGUUUACACUCUGAUUACCUUGUGUGAAGAUGAAACUACCAUGAAUGAACUUCUGGCUGUUAGUCAUCACAAAUACAGCAUGCCGCCGCCUGUUGUUGUGGUUCCUCCACCCUCUCUUGCCAUAGCAAAGAGCAAAAGUGCGAGGAGCAGCGCUUCUGAGGAAAGCAGGAGUAGUAGUAGCACCAGUAGCAGUAGUCAUGCCACCAGCAGAAGGACUGCCCCACCAAACAACCAGAGACCCAUAGGCUUGAAAGAAACAGCAGAGGCGGAGGAGCUGGAUGAGAGGGAUGAGGAAGAUGAGGACGAGGCAGUUCCAGUCGAGAGUGAGAGUUACGUCAAUCUGAGGAAGAAGAUGGUGAAUAAGCACAACCUGAAGAUAGACAACCUACUGCAAGAAAACAGCAAGCUGUGCCGAGAGUUUCAGAAGAAGCAGUCAUCCAGGCGUUUCAAGUCCAUGUUGGAGCAGAGAAGGAAACUGCCAGCUUGGCAAGAAAAGGAAAAGAUCCUGGACCUGUUAGACCAGUGCCAGGUGCUGGUGGUCAGUGGGAUGACUGGGUGUGGUAAGACCACUCAGAUCCCUCAGUUCAUUCUGGAUGCGUCAUUAAAUGGGCGAGCGGAACAAGUGGCCAACAUCAUCUGUACUCAGCCACGCCGCAUUUCUGCCAUCUCUGUGGCCCAGAGAGUGGCACAGGAGCGUGCAGAGCGGCUGGGCAACUCUGUGGGCUACCAGAUCCGACUGGAGACUGUUAGGACGUCUGCCACCAGACUGCUGUACUGCACCACAGGCGUGUUGCUGAGGAGACUCGAGGGCGAAUCGGACCUCAGAGGUGUCACACACGUCAUUGUGGAUGAGGUGCACGAGCGAACAGAGGAGAGCGACUUCCUGCUGUUGGUAUUAAGAGACCUGAUGGUGCAGAGGCCAGACCUGAAGGUCAUUCUAAUGAGUGCCACUCUUAAUGCCAACCUGUUCUCUGAGUAUUUUUACAACUGUCCCACUGUCCACAUACCGGGGCGUACCUUUCCUGUCGACCAGUUUUUUCUUGAAGAUGCCAUCGCUAAAACCAAUUAUGUCAUUGAAGAUGGCAGCCCUUAUAUGCGCUCAGGGAAACAGAAUUCGUCUUCCACGAGCGGGCGAGGAAGCAAAGGGGAGCCAAGGGACAUGGUGGAUGACUUGGGUGAUGAUAUGUGGAACUUCAUGUCUUUCUGUAAGAAGGACUUUAUCAAAGACUCCAUUCCAGACCAGCAGCUCAGCCUGCAGGAGCUCACAGUCAGGUACAAAGACACUAAGAAGUCUGUGCUGAAGACCAUUGCUGCAAUGGACCUGGACAAGAUCAACAUGGACCUGGUGGAAAAUCUGCUGGAGUGGAUUGUAGGUGGAAAGCACGACUACCCUCCUGGUGCGGUGCUUGUGUUUCUGCCGGGCCUGGCUGAGAUCAAGAUGCUUUAUGAGCAGCUCAUGUCCAACAGAAUGUUCAACAACAGGCGCGCAACAAGGUGUGCGGUGUACCCGCUGCACUCAACCUUGUCCAAUGAGGAGCAGCAGGCUGUGUUCAGCCGGCCCCCAGAGGGCGUGACAAAGAUCAUCAUCUCCACCAACAUAGCGGAGACCUCGGUAACCAUUGAUGACGUGGUAUAUGUCAUCGACUCUGGCAAGAUGAAGGAGAAGAGGUAUGAUGCUUCUAAAAGCAUGGAGAGCCUCGAGGAUUCGUGGGUUUCUCGGGCCAACGCGUUGCAGAGGAAGGGUCGAGCGGGUCGCGUGGCCUCCGGCGUCUGCUUCCAUCUCUUCACCAGCCACUGCUUCCGACACCAGCUGGCUGAGCAACAGCUGCCUGAGAUCCAGAGAGUGCCUCUAGAGCAGCUUUGCCUCCGAAUCAAGAUCCUGGACAUGUUUGCGGAGUGGACGCUGGAGUCGGUCUUCUCUCGGCUCGUUGAGCCGCCGGCUAUGGGAAGCGUGGAUGCAGCCAAGCAGCGCCUGCAGGACCUGGGAGCCCUAACGGCAGAUGAGAAGCUGACCCCGCUGGGCUACCACCUGGCCUGCCUGCCCGUCGACGUGCGCAUCGGGAAACUCAUGCUGUUCGGUGCCAUCUUUCGCUGCCUCGACUCAGCACUUACCAUUGCUGCCAGUCUGGCCUUCAAAUCACCAUUUGUGUCUCCAUGGGAUAAACGGGAAGAAGCCAAUGAAAAGAAACUGGCCUUUGCCUUGGCCAAUAGUGACCAUCUAGCUUUGUUACAGGCAUACAAGGGGUGGUGCUCUGCGGCAAAGAAUGGCAACCAGGCUGGCUUCCUUUACUGCAGGGAGAACUUCCUGUCUUGGCGAGGCUUGCAGGAGAUCGCCAGUCUUAAGAGACAGUUUGCUGAGCUGCUGUCUGACAUUGGGUUCAUCAAAGAGGGACUAAGAGCCAGGAUUAUAGAGCGCACAUGCUCUAAAGGCACAGAUGGUGUUCUGGAGGCUACCGGCCCUGAGGCUAACUUGAAUUCUGAAAACAUCCGGCUGAUGUCCGCCAUGCUUUGUGCUGCCCUCUAUCCCAAUGUGGUCCAGGUACGGGCUCCUCAGGACAAUUACAAGAUGACCAGCAAAGGAGCGAUGAAGAUGCAGCCCAAAGCAAACGAGCUCCGCUUCAUGACCAAGAAUGACGGCUGUGUCCACGUGCACCCCUCGUCUGUCAACUACACAGUUCGCCAUUACAACAGUCCCUACCUGGUUUACCAUGAGAAGGUGAAGACAAGCCGUGUCUUCAUCAGGGACUGCAGCAUGGUGUCCGUCUACCCGCUGGUGCUGUUCGGAGGAGGGCAGGUCAGCAUGGAGCUGCACAAGGGAGAGUUUGUCAUCUCCCUUGACGAUGGAUGGAUCCGGUUUGCUGCUGCUUCUCAUCAGGUGGCUGAGCUGGUGAAGGAGCUGCGCUGGGAGCUGGACCAGCUGCUGGAGGACAAAAUCAGGAACCCGAGCAUGGACUUGUGCAGCUGCCCCCGCGGCUCCCGCAUCAUCCGCAUGAUAGUGCACCUGAUCUCUACUCAGUAGCUCUGCUACUCACACCCCCUCUUUUCACCUUUUUUGUGACCCUGAAGGGCUUAAAUGCAGGGGGCUUUGCAAUGAAAAUAUCUUUCUGCUCCUGGAUCACUGCCACAAAGUGUUUUGUUUUUUUUUUAAUAACAUGUUGCACCAUUAUGUAUGAAAGUCAGGGUCAACAACCCUGAAACUGGCUUAAGUACGUGUUGGUUCUGUCACAGACAGAUCAGCAGGGGAGAUAGUGUACUUGAAGUGAAGCCCUCUGGUUGAAGUACAGUCACCACAUCACCUGACACCUCAGUAUGUUUACACAAAGAAAACAAAGCUGUUAUUGUGUUGCUGCACCUAAAGCUUCUUAAAGCAAAUUUUGCCUUCAAAGAAAAAUAUGGCUCUAUGCAGGUGAUCCACAAACCUCCAUCUUUGUCAUUGCUGGAACAAAGCAAUGCCUUGCUGUUUUCACAGUCUUAUUUUGACAUUUCUAAAAUGCAACAAUAGGAUUUUUUUUGAUGCCACACAACUGUUGAUGUGUGGUCAGAUGUGAUGUCAGAGAUUUAUAUUUUAGGUUGUGAGUGUCUUGUUCACAGCUGAGAAGUUUCUUUGGUCCAUAUUGGAUUUAUUAAUCUCACAGUGGCUAUUGUUAUGGUUGUAUUUGUAUUGCAUGACUGAAAGAUCCAAGAGCUUCUGCAUGACAUUAGGUUGUUUUACAUUUACUGAAUGUAUUUAAAUGUGAUGUCAAAACCACAUUUUCACAAGGUGAAUGCAAGGGCUUUUUAAAUCUGGACAAUUUGGUGAGAUUUGCCAAAGAAUUUUGAAAGCUUAUUGUCUUAACGAGUGAUGAAUUCCACUGCACUACAUAAUAAAAAAAGCAAAGAUAGGUGGUUGCUUGCUUUAAUUUGAAUUUCAGCAGCCAUUUAGUGCUUGCCUUUUUUUCCAUUCAUUUCUUGUUGAGCUUUUUGCUGUAUUUGAAGCUGCGUCCCAUAAACAAAAGAAUUUACAGGCUUGUGGGUGAGUCCAACCCCUCCAUUCAUGCGUCCUGGCCUGUCUCUACGACAACCGAACAUAAACAGAGGGGGUAUCACUGUCCCAGUUGAAGCCGUUCAGUUGCCAGUCACAACAGUGCCAAGUCCAGAACUGAUGAGUAAAUGAUCUCUCAUUAUAUUGGAAGGGACCUUGGCAUCUUUAAUGAUGGUAAAGUAUAUGUAAUAUUAUAGACUAUCAAGACUAUCCGAACUAUUCAAUGUAGUCAUAGCAGAGGGUCCAAACCUAAAUGGUGUAAACCACUUGUAUUCACUUCAAAGCCCACUAAAUCCAGGAAAUCAAGGUCCCACAGCUCAAGGCCCGCCAAGAAGUCUGGGAGUCCAAAAACACCCAAAAAGAGGUCUACUAGUGCCAAAUCCACCAAGACCGAGGUGGACAUCCUCAGCCCAGCAGCCAUGGAGAACG